GAAAAAACUACCGAACCGCAUGCUGUGUGUAGUUUUAGUCAUUGAUUACCAACAAGGUGUGCCAUGGCACAAAAAAUGUUGUCCACCACUGUUUAAUAAUAUUCCAGCCACAUAUUUUUCUUAUCAAAAUUUGAUACAUUCUCGCAGUGUAUCCAGCUUUAUAUGGUAUAAGAACAAAUCACUUAACUUUAAAUCUACUUAAGUUAUUACUUUAGAAUGGAAACUUAUGGCUAUAUUAAAAAUGUGGAUGUGACUUCCGAAUUGCUGUCAAAAUUUCGUUUGAUUUUAACAAGUUUGAGUAAUGUUUUCACAGGUACAUGUACAAAAGUUAAAGGAAUCCUCGACAAGUACCCAAUUAUAUCAACUAUAGUCAUGCUGUUUGUUUGGUGCUGUUAUUCUGAAUAUUGGAAUCUUACCAAUGAGUUUAAAGCUGAUCAAAAAUUGAAGUUCUUAAAUGGCGAAGAAGCUUGCGAUAUUUACAGUAAUUCAAAUAUUUUUAUGAAAAUGUUUCGUCAAAGCGUUAAAACAGAAUGUGAGCAUCACAAGAAGAUGAAAGAAAUAUUAUGGACAAAAAGUUUUUCAUUUAUAGAAGUUGUUGUUAGUAUGUUUUCAAGAAUUCCAAUUAUUUAUCUUGAUGCGAAUCUCCAAGGUGUAAACAGAAUAAUUUCAAGUGAAAACUUCUUUUAUCGUAGCAUCUUAAAGACACCAUUCCUUAUGUUCUCUUUAGGCAUGCCAUCGUAUUUUAUAACUAUUAUAUGCUUAUUCAUCUUUGUUCAAAAAUUUGCACCAGAUCUAACUGUCUACAAUAUUUAUAAAAGAUUACGGAACAUUUUACUUUAAAUCCACUAUAAUCAGCAUAGAUCCUGGUCAUAUAUGACGGGAAAAAAUAUAUUAUGUAUAUCUAUAUUAAGAUUCAGUCAGGGGCCGUUCUCUUAUAACGUCCAGAGAUUGAGUCAGCAAGAAAAGAACAAAAGAAAUUCCAGGAAAUUCAUUGUUAUUUUUGAAAAAUGACCGUUAAAUCUUUGACGUCAUAAGUGAACGACUCCUCAGCAAUCAGACUGUACAAAAGAGUGGAAAAAGGGCAUGGAUUAGAGGGGA